AGUUAACCGAAGAAUCUGAGCUCCAUCUGCACUUGCUGUGACCCCCACUUGGAGGCUUCUCUGCAGCAGGAGCAGGAGCUAUUACCCUUCUAAUCCCCACAAUGACCCCAGCCCAAUAAUACAAUGAUCCCCAAGUAGAACCAGGGGCCCAAGGCCCCCUCGUCAGCUGGGCUUCCACCUCCAAGCUGACGCCCUCAACCACUCUGCUGGGGAGCCCAAAGAUGUUAACUUGUUUAAUAAUCAAGCCCUGUGAAUCAGCAGUGGCCAAGCACACAGGUGUUCCCAGCUGCAUAUCUGGGAUACUGAGGAAAGGUGGCACUGUGCACGCCAAGAUGGCUGUGUCCACAGAGGAGCUGGAGGCCACGGUUCAGGAAGUCCUGGGGAGACUGAAGAGCCACCAGUUUUUCCAGUCCACAUGGGACACUGUUGCCUUCAUUGUUUUCCUCACCUUCAUGGGCACCGUGCUGCUCCUGCUGCUGCUGGUCGUCGCCCACUGCUGCUGCUGCAGCUCCCCUGGGCCCCGCAGGGAAAGCCCCAGGAAGGUGAGCCCCUGGAAGGAAAGACCCAAGGGAGUGGAUAACUUGGCCCUGGAACCCUGACCCUGUGUGUCCUGCCCGGUGGCAGUAACAAAGCCUUCUGUCCGCCCAGA